GAGUUGGCAACAUUGCUCGCACAGGAACAAAAAGUGUUUAAAGCGCAUGUAUGACAACCCGUUGGUGCUGGUACGAGUUAGGUUAAACACGAAAGGUAGGAUAUAUUACGUUUCGCUGUGAAUUCUAGAUCCAAAUAAUUUAAGUGACACGGGUGCCCUAUCUAAUCAGGAAAUCUAUAAUUGAACUCUUGCCUCGGCCCAGUAGGUUAGAAAGUUGCGGUAACUUCGUGCAAGUAAACUGCGCGGGGCGAAAGCGUCAAACUGUAACACCUAAUUUGCUAUUGACUUCGUUUAGACUCAGCUGUGGUUCCGAUGAACCGUCUCAUACGAACAGAUAUUCGGUUUUGUUAAUAUAGUAAGUGUGUGUGUGUGUAGAUAACAAAUAAUUGUUGCAUAAGUUCAAUGCUAUUCACGAUUCCUACGUAGGGCAACAAAAUUGUGUUUUAUAUUGUAGUUGAAAUGUAUUUUAGAAUCGGAGACAUAAGUUAUAAGUGUAUGUCAUAAAUUAAAAAAAAAAACAGGUCAGUCGUGGAAUGGCAAAUGAAUUUUCGAUGUAUAAGAGUUUUAAAAUAUGAGUUAACAGAAUUUGGGCACAACACUGGCCCGUUCUUGACAUGAACGUGAGAUUCUGAAAGUACUAUUAGGAAUGGAAGAGGCCAGAAGUUCGGAAAUUCCUUUCGUACCCGUGAACAAUUCGAGGCUCGUAAAACCAACUUAUAACAAGCGUGUUUUCACUUUAAGUGAAAAAGCGGCACUUAUAAAUUGUAGCGAAACUGAACGUUUAAGUGUAAAAGAACUAACAGAACGUUUUAAAUGUGGAAAGACUGCAGUGUAUGAAAUUUUAAAGAGGAAGUCUGAAAUACUUGAACAGUGUCUUUUAGGAGCUGGGUCACGAAAGAGAAAAUUCAGAAAAACAAGGAACGAAGAAGUGAAUAAAGCUGUCUGGCAGUGGUUUGUUGAAGCAAAAUCUAACAAUUUUAAUGUUACUGGACCAUUGUUACAAGCUCAAGCAAAACUAGCAGCAGAGCAUUUGGGUAAAACUGAUUUUAAAGCAUCAAACGGCUGGUUGGACAGCUUUCGUACUCGUCAUUCUAUAAGCUUCAAGCAGUGCAGUACAGAAUCAACCCAGGCUUACCCUGUGACUCACACUGAGUGGGACGAGUACUGUGAAAAGCGGGAGUUUGUAAACAUGAAGAAAGAACAAGAAGACAGUGAGACUGUAGAUCAACAAAGCAGUCCAGCCCUCAGCAGGGUCGAUGGGGAUUCAAAUUCCUCCUCUCCCACAACAUCCAGUCUCCCUGGGCCAUUGCUGUCUGUGGCAUCCAGGCCUGAGACCCCCUCUGUUCCAUGCACAAUGCUGCCAUCUUCUGUUCAUCAAUCUAUUGCUGAAUCUUCUGAAGCAGCUACAGAUCGAGUGUUAGGAGUAAACUUAGCUGAAGAUGAACAGACAUUACGGACUUUACAGUCAAGAGAAAGAGAACACCAACGACGCUUGGAAAUUAUGGAAAAAGAGCAUGAGAUAAGAUUGGAAAUUCUUAGAAUUGAAAAGGAAACUGCAGAGAUCAACAGGAAUAUUGCUAGAAAGCGACUAUUACAGCUCUCAGAAAAUUAAAAUCCUCUCCCCUCUCACCAAACCUACUCAUCCACUCGUGGAAACCUGCGUUCUUGUCCUGAAAUUGUUAUGUCUGGCUUGCAACGAAAGCAUUGGGUGUUCCACGAAGUCAAAGCUGGAGCAACAUGUACAAAGCACGCUACAUACAAAGAACAAGCAACUGAGUUCUUGGAAGAAGCAAGUACUCUUAACACAGAUGCAGCAGUCUUCAACCUCAAGAAAUAAAUUCUUCAAGGAUAUGUGCAAUUGGAUGGUGUCCAUGAACAGCCCCAUAUUUAAACUCCAAAUGCCCAAAUUUCAGUCCUUUUUGGAAAAGUACUGCAAGCAGCAUAUUCCAGGCUAGUUAACGCUUCGAAAACAUUAUGUUCCUGUCUGAUAAGAAGAUACCUUGGAAAACAUAAUAGGUAACAUAGGAGAUGCCUGUGUAUGGGUUGCUGUGGAUAAUGUAGAUCUCCAUGAAGACAUUGAUCGUGAGAAAAUUCCUUUAUUAAAAUAUGGACCAGUGAUAUCUGGUGACGUAGAAAGGUCCUUUUCAGCCUAGAAAUAUCCUGUCAGAUAAAAGACAUUCUGUGACCCCAGAAAGUAUGGAAAAGAUUCCAGUUGUGUAUUGUGCAUGAAAAAAGUCAGUGAUUGUGCCAAAGAUUGUAAAUAAAGGUUGCUUGCAAAACUAAAUAUUACUUUUAUGUGAGGUUACAUAUUUUAAUGAAUCAACAUAUUUUACUAUAUAUGUCAGAGGUUUUGUAACACAGUCAUGUACAUAUUUUGCAUGAUGAUACUACAUGAAAAUCCUAGCUCUAGUUAUGAAUGACGGGGGAAAAUGGGAAGUGAAAUAAUUAGAAAUGAAUUUCUUAGGGGAGAUGCUGGAAUUCAGAAUUUUUUACUAGAGUUAGAAAAUAGACAAUUUAAUAGCUUUAUGAUGUGAAAGGGAUGGGUAAGACAAGGAUAACAAGAAGGGCUUUAGAACUAAAAUUUAAAAUAAAGAGACAUGUGGGAUGACUCAGAAAAAAAUACUGGAAGACAUUGAGAAGAGAGGAAGAACUGGCAAGGAAUUAAAAAGGAAAGAUAGCAAGGAAGCAGGAUUGUGAUAAUCUCAGGAUUGGGUAGAGCUUUGACAUUCCUUUCUGACGUGUUUCUGGUCUUGCUUGGGUAAUACAGAAACUGCUUCUUCUUGGUAUCUCCAUGACAGUAGUUUAACACAGUUGAUUGCAAGUACAGGUAUUUAUUAACACUUCAAAUGAUUUGCACCAAAUUAUAAUGAUUAUCCAAACAUGGUUUAUUAGUAGGAACAACAUCUGCUUGCACAUUUAUGAAAUUGCUUUAACUGUUUAUACUUCAUACACUUUUGCUUUGGAAUUAUCAGUUUUUAGUUACUGGCUUCUUUAUUUUAAUUGGUGAUGACUGACAAAAUUUCGAAGUUGACUGGAGCAGGAUCCAACCUGUUUGUGCUCCAUGAAGGUCUGAAAAUGAGUCUUACCCCGAACAUCCUUUCACAGAUUUGCAAAUUUUAAAUAAGUAUGCCCCUCUUUGCAUUCUCAUUGGCUGAAUUCUUAAAAUUAGUACAACUCAAAAUACUCAAUUUCCCAAUCAAAUUUAAGGAGUCAGCAGUUUGGUCCUUAAAGGCUAUUUAAAAAUCAUGGUAAUUGGAUGGUGUAUAUCAGAGAUGACAUGUCUCCAGCACACCUUCUUUAAGUUUAUGAUGCCCAGAGCUUUCAGAGUUUUGAAUUAUGAAAGAACUUUCAAACUACACCAAAAUCUCAAAUUUCACUUGGCUCUGAAAG